AUGAACCAAAAUCUCGAAAAUGCCAUAGACAUAGAGAAUGAUGAACUCAAUUUUGAAAACUACAACAAUGAUGAUUAAGACGACUAAUUAGUUUCAUAAUUACAAGAGAUUCUUAUAUCAGAGGAUUUUGAAAAAUUAUCUUAAGACUUCUUAAGAGAGAAAUGCUUAGUUUUCGAUGAGACAGAACAAAAGGAAUACCGAGAAAUAUUUAAAUUAUAUUAAAGUGCUAUUUAGUUAUAUUUGAACGAAAAACUUAAAGUUGAAUUUACUCUUGAGAAAUUGUAAUCCCUUCCUUUAGAUGAGGCAAUAAAUGAAACUUUAGCUUCAUUAUUUGACUAUGAAUUAUUUAAAGAUAUCAUGGUAGAAACAAGAAUAAGAGUUGAAGAAGAGGAAAGGACAAUUAAAAAAAGCACUAAUAAAGCUACUAAAGGGUAUAAAUAAGCACCUUAAUAAAACAUAUUCAGCUCAGGAUAAGCAAUAUAAUUUGAAAAGAAACCAUUAAAAAAUUAACCUCCUUAAGAUUUAAGACCAGACUUAUUCUUUAAUGUAGUGCCUUUGAGUACUCCCAAAGUGAAUAGAAAAUAAGCUUGA